CCGCGCCGGAAUGGAGCACGUGUCCCUCCCCGCUCCGAGUGCUCUUCGCCGCCCGCCCGCUCCCCAGCCGCCUCAGCGCCGCGGCCUUGACUUUGGGAAACUUGGCCGCGGUCGCUUGACGCUCCUCCCUCGGCCUUCGCGUUCCGGCUAAGGGAUGCUCCCCGACAGGCCUCUGUCCUGGGAGCGAUACCCGAGUUCCGCGGCCCUUUGGCGGCGCCUCGCCCUGGCGUCCCCCGGCUUUGCCAGGCUGCCGUUCCGGAGAAACACCGGGCACCUGCCCGCCUCCAGCCUCCGUCUCCGCCGGCUCUUCGUGCUGCACUGCCUCCGCCAUUCCGGGGCGAACAUGGGCACUUGGGAGGAGUUCAGGGCCAAAUAUUCUCUUGUGUUACCUUCCCCACCUUCAACUGCUCCCAUUUUUUAAAAGAGGAGGCCAUUCAUAUUGUACCUUAUUCAGUACCAAAAGUUUAAAAUCACUUAAAAUGUUUACGUAUUUUGAAAAGAAACUUGUAAUAGUUGUAAAAUUUCCACUAUUAUGUAUCAAAUGUGUAUCAAACACCCAGGCGGCCAGCUGGAAAUAGGCUUCUGGGGCCCAGGUCUCCUUUCCUGCCUGGAGAGAUGGACAAGGGGCCCCGUGACACAUCCACCUAUCCAGGACCAGGCAAACAGGAGAAUUGAAUCUGGCAUCCACUUCCACAUACUUUGAAUUUUUGCAGAAACAUUUAGGAAAAAAUAUUUUUAUAUGUUUCUAUAGCAUUUAAAAUUAGCAGGGCUUAAAAAUGUGUGUGGGUGUUUGUAUAUGUACACGUGUUUGUGAAAUCUUAAUCUGGAUAUUUUCCCAGUUCAGUUUUUUUAAAGAAAAAUAAUAAUUGAAAAUCACAUAUUUAGUAUUAAAUCCAUCUGGAUGUGCCUGAAAUGUAUUCUAUCUGCAGCCAAUUCUACAAGAGCAGGAGGUGGUCAGUCCCCUUUCUCACCACUUGGUGAGUAGUUGGGAAAUUACAUGCCCUUUCUAUAGACUUUGGCAACUGUUCAUUUGCAAGGUCAAUAAACUGCUUUUGCUUCAAAUCACAUUGCCCUGCCCUGCCCAACCCAUUAGCAAUCAAUCGCUUGUAAGUGUUAAGAGCUCUUGCUGAGGAAGUGCUGCCUUUGGGGCCUGUCUCGCCUCUCUUGGGACAGUGGAGGAAAAAGCACUUAAUUUUCCAUAGUUUCUCGUGUCACAUUCCCCUCGCAAUCCCUUUUAUUGGAUACUGGAUGCACAGAGCAAUCCUAGGAAUGUUUACUAGUAAGUCCCAUUGAGUUCCAUGGAAGUUAAUUCUCUGUGAACUGUGUUUAGGAUUGCAGACUAUUUUUGUUUCCCUGCCUUAGUUCAUUCUCAUGUAGUUGGUUUUGUGAGUGCCUGACUUCGUUUUGCCCACUUCACUGAAAUCAUCCCCACUUACGAAAUGGUUCUUUGUGCGGAACCUGUCACAAUCUCAUUUGUUACCAGCUUGCAUUUUGUUUCAGGGUAAAUUGUUUUAAUUGCUGGUGUAGUCUUUUAAAAAUAUAUUUAUAUCUAUUUAUUUCCUCUUAAAAUCAUGGCAUGAGGAGUACUGUGUGUAACCCUCCCUUCAUGCUCCCCCAACCCCAUUCUGUAUUUUCUAGGUAACACCAUGGAGGCGUAUGAAGGUUUGACAGAUAAAGAGCUUAUUGCCCGUUUGAAGAAAUACAGCAUCCCACACGGGCCUCUUGUUGGUAUGGACUCUAGCACUACACCUGUCUCUCUCAGGGGAAUGAAAUAGAUUUGCACUUGGAGCUUAGAAAGGGAAAACUCAGUAAGCCAGGCCUACAGCUUACAUAUAAAGUGUAAACAGGGGAAUCUGUUAGAGUGGACAGAUGUAAAAGAGAAUUGGACUGAGCAGACAAUAGUAAAGAAUGGUAAAGAAGGUGGAUUCUGCAUGUGCUGUUGUGGGAAAUGAGAGACAGAUGCCAGGGCUUGUCCACCUGGGAAAGUAACCCAUCUAAGAGAAGGAAAUCUCUGAUCCUAAACCUCCACUGCCUUGUGGGACAUCUUCAGGAGAAGAAAAGGCUAAAGAAUAAAUCCUAAACCAAACUGGAGUAGAGUCCCGAAGACGGUUGGAUGGCACCUUGUACAGCCUCUUUCUGGCAACUCCUGCAGCCAAGCUGGUGCCAAACAUAUUGUUCCGCUUUCCUUUGGGACUGGGCAGGUUUGCACCCCAGGUUUGCUACUAACACACCAAUUGUCUUCUCCCCACCCCCCUUUUAGGCGCACUCCAUUGUCUCUCGAGAUAGAUGCCAACAAGGGAAGGGGUUUUCAGCUUUAUGUACUGAAAUUCCCUCUUGUAUGCUGAAUUUGUAAAGAUGUAGUAGCCCAGUCUUGUCUUGGAUCAGGCCACCCAGGGCUUUUUUUUCAGCUGGAACUUGCCGGAACUCAGUUGCGGCACCUCUCAUGUGGGCGCCAUUGCCAUUAUAAGAGAACAAGGUUCCAACACCUUUUUUUCUAGAAAAAAAGCCACCCAAAAGCCUGCCUUCUACAUAGCAGAAGGGAACAGUGGGUAAGGGAAGGUGGAUCCUUCCUGCCACACACCAUCCUGUCCAGCUCUUUAUUCUGAGUAUGGCUAGGUUGGAGAGAGAGGUGUCUGGAAGAAUGGAGCGUACGAUGGGGAGAAUUCACCAUGUCCUCCUUUUAAAAAUCAAUAAUCACCAGCCCGUGCUUUCAAGGGGACUAAGAAAAGCAGCCACAAAGAACAAAUGUGGGAGCCUUUAUCUUGCCUGGUUUGUCCCUUAACAUUAGAAGAUAGAAUGGAGGGAGAAGAAAGCUGCCAAAGUGGAUAAUUGUUUUGAAAAAACCUUGUUGGUUAACUGAGGUAUUUGCAUGCCAUCCAUAUUGCCGUGAUCCUCAAGCAGCAGAGGGUGUGUGGAAAAGGCUGCAAGGUCAGGUGGGCUUUUGAAGUGGGCAGCUGUUUGAAAGAGGCAUGAGUGAGAGUCUUGUGGGAGCAGUAAACUUUUGUCAUCUAGGAGUUAACCUCCAGCUUGGAUUCUGUCCUUCAGGAUCAACCCGGAAACUUUAUGAAAAGAAAGUCUAUGAAUACGAGACUGAGCGUAGAAAGCGUCCUUCACCUGGAAAAGGAUCACUGUCCACAGGUGAGAAUAAUUGGGGGGGAAACAGGGAAAGGUCCCCCUGUCAGACACUUGUCCUAAUGCCCCUCCUUCCCAUAUGUUUUUACAAACGUAGAGCCAUCCACCAGCGAAAGCUACAUCCGAGAGACCUUUGUGAGUCCUCAGAGCAGGCCAAACCUCAACUAUGGGCGAGAAGGUGAGACGUUUUAGAAAUAACUCCUGAAUUCCCAGUAAAACAGAAAGCCGGUUUGUAGGGAGGAAUUUAGGGACCAUUAGAGCACCAAUCUAGGAGAUGUGGGGAGCAAAAAGGGUAGCUUUGUCGGGGUGGAAUAUCAUCAUCACUAAGGGGAUCAUCUCUUCGGGGGAGAUCAGGGCAGGGCACCAUAGCCUGGGUGUGUUGUCAGUUUUCUAGUACUUUUGGGGAACAAAGGACAACUGCUGCCACCAAACCAAACUCUCCAAUUCAUUUUGCCCUUCCCAGCUCUUGGCUCUACAAGGACUUACGUAACAGAAAACUAUGACUCUCCAGGUUCCAAGGAAUACUAUUCUGAGUAUAUAAAUAAAGGUAGGGGGCUCCACUGGUCUCCACAUUCAAGUCUUGCUUUCUGAAAAUACAGUAAUUAAAAUUGAUAAGCCAAACGGUUUAUAUUGUCUCAGCUUGGCUUCAGUAUCUCAUACGUAGACUAAGAUUAGUCAUUUAUUUCAUUUCAUAAAAUUUAUAUACUACUUGAUUAUAAAAAAGCCCCUCAAAGCGGUUUACAAAGCGAAAUCCUAUGAAAAUUAACUUUAAGCUAGUCUAGGAUCUCUUGUCACAAUGAUUUGUUGAUGGGACAAAGUGCAACUAAGUAUCGGUGAAUUUAGGUGAACAGUUUUGAUUUUGCAGUGUUCCGACAGUCUGGGUUAGCUGUGACAAGGAAGGCACGCCCUGUAAAAAUCAACAUUCUGCACCUCAAACAGAUUAAUCUACAAUCCAUAUAAUGUGAGCGCAGAAAUGCAGUGUGCUGAAGCCUAUUCUGCUGCCUGCUGUUGCUGCCUGUCUCCCACUCUCCCCAUUAACAUUUCCCCACAGCCACAAAGCCUAGAAAUCUCAUUUUUAACAAAGCCAUGAAAUCUAAUAGGAGAGGAAAACCCUUUUGCUAAAUAUCUUCCCCCACCCUGUCCUUCCCUAGAUUCCAGUCCCACCAGGUCCUACCUGAGUGAAAAUUACCGUUUGCCUCGCCAUGAAGGACGCUCCACAUAUGCGACUGAAGGUAGGAAAGACGGGGGGCUAGAGAAACCAGCCAUGUAGAGUCAGAGCUGAAGCAUAGGGGUGGGGAACCCUCUUUGCCCUCUCCGGCCAGAUCCUUAUCUGCCCCCACCUCCCACACACCAACCAGGUGGGUGGGACAACCCAGCUGUCAGUCACUUAACAGCAUUUUGCCAUUGGAUGACUAAACAGAUGGGCAGCUGGCAGAGGAGUGGGAUAACCCAAGUCCCUUGCACAGCACUUCCCAAACAUCCAGUAAUUGUUGGGUGCUUGGGAAGUGCUGUGCAGGGGCUUUGCUAGUGCUAUGGGGCUCACUUUCUGCAGGAGUUGGCUACCCCAGUAGUUUCCAACUUUUUCAGACCCAGGAUCCACUUUUACCCAUUGCAUUUGGGGACCCAUUUCUGAUUUUUUUUACCAUGUAUUUAUAUGGUGGUAAUUCUGCUGUUGUUGUGACCCAACUACCAGCUGAAGACCAGAAGGCUACAUCAUCUAGUGGGCUUGAAUUCAGUCCAUCAGCUGAUACUAUACUUAGCACUGCACUCCAUCUCAGGAAGGGGGAACCUUUUUCAGGCUGCAGGCCACAUUCCCUAACCGCCUGCUAGUGGUGGUGAAGGCCAAUGCAAAAGGGGGUGCAACCGGCACCUGACACACAGGCGCUCUCACUCCCCAGCAAUUAGGCUUGUUUUUUUUUUAUUUAGCUUUUUAAUCGCUGGCAGGGAGCAGGGUGACCCUUUUGAAGACUGCCGCUUCCCUUUCCAGCUGCAGUUCCCAUGAAGAUUGCAAAAAUCUCUUUGAAGAUUCCCCACCUUCAUUGCAGCAAUUAAUCUUGAAUCCGGCCUCCACUUGAAGAUCUUUUCCCAAGCCUAAUUGCUGCAUGGAGUUUGACCAAAUGGGAGGUUGCAGCACAUAGGGAGGGUUAAUCCUUCCUAGCUGUGAUACACCUGUUAAGGAAUUGAGCUUUACUGUCCUGUACUGUCUGUGUAUCAUAUGGGAAUGUAUACGUUUGCUUCUAAGGCCCUAAAGAUCAAGAAAAAGGGACCUGUCACUGCUGAUGUGAUGAACUGCACGUUGCUCAUCUGAGGGUUGGAGAUUCCUGAAACAUGUAAAGGGAAGGGUCUGUGAUUGAAAUGGGGAGCUUCUAAAAACAGAUAGAACCAAAUCAGGGAGGUCACACAUGAUAUACAAAAGUUUGCUGAGCCUGGUAGGAAGCAGCAAAGGCCUCUUUGGGAUCUCAGAAUGAUAAGAAGAAAUGGGAUUGCUGGGGAUACAGGCAAUGCAAGGGAAAAGGCUGCAACCCAUAAAUAGGGAUUCUCCUGAGAACCUGGUGAGUUUUAGGGUCUGAAUAGGUUAGGGAUAGAGGGUUGCAUUAAUCCACUUUGGAUUUAGGUUUGCUCCAAAGGGAAUAUUUUUAGUUUCUCUAAUUUGGGGGAGUUGCAUUUCUUUCAUUGUGAUAUUUGCACAUUCUAAAUUCAAUAUGUCUCCAUUUUAGUAAAUUUAUCUCUGGUUUCAUAAACCUGUGUGGUCUCAGCUUAAUGCCUUGAUGCCUAUAGCAAUAACUUCCGCUUCCUAAGGAUGCAGCAGAGAGACCCCAGGGAAAUUAUGGAGACUGUUUGAUAAGGGGCAGCCUGGCAAAUAAUCUCUUAUCUGGUGGCAACAAGAACCUCAAAUGGGAGAAGGGUGGGUGCAAGCAGAGGGGGUACAUUCUCUGUUGUGGCCAGGUCUCCCUUCCCCAGGUAGCACAGCACUCACGAGAGCUGGGAUGUGGCUAUCACAACCCCCCUGGAAAAAUGCUGUUGCACUAUUGGCUGGGGAGAUCUCCUGGCCCACCCUUCCCCAUCCCUACUCUUGCCUAUUCCAUCUAAUGGCUUUGUUUUUUGUCUUUGUUUCCCCCAGACUGGGAUGCCAAUUCUUCUGAGACGUCCACAUCUUCCUACCAGAGUUACGUGUCAUCGUUGACCAGUGGAGCACGUCCAGAGGCACCAAGUGCCCGCCAACCAGUAGGUUGUUCCUCACCUUUGUGGCAAGAACGAGGAAGCUACCCACGCUGGGCUUACAUCCAAUUCACCCAGGGAAGGGUCCCUUCAUAGCUGCCCUGUGCUGAUGGGCAUCUGUCUAUCUUUUCAGAUUGCAGAGCCGUAUCCCUACAAUUCUAGCCAGAAGGAUGUCCCAUCUGUGAGGUAAGCAGGGAUAAUGCAGAGGCACCUGCAGGAAACAAUAUUCCAGGCAGAGCUGGUGGUGGAGUGAGAUGCUUGGCCCCUUGCUGAGGCAGACGUGGCCCAUGCUGGAUGGAUGCUCAGUCUCAGUAUUCCCCCCCCCCCCUUCCUGGGUCUGGCACCACCUUCUAGCCAGGAGAUGGCUUUCCUACAGGUUUAGGGCUCAAGCUUAUUCUCAGGCUACUAAGGAGUUCUGGAACCUAAAUUGGCUCUAGACAUAAAACGAGGGGUGGUCACAGGACUGGCUAAAUGUAGUGCUACCAAGUGCCUAGAGGUGAGCCUGCUGCCUCAGGCAGUGGAUGCCAAGCCCUGUAAUUGUCAUCAUCAGCAUGAGAGCUGGGAGGGAUCUUGGAGGCCAUUCAGCCUAAUUCCGGGCUCAGUGCAGGAUCUGCAAUGCCAGAAACAACUAUAGCCAUCGCUGGCAGGUGGCCAUCUAGCCCCUGGCCACCCCAGUGAAGGAAAGGCCACUGGCUCUCGAUGUAGCCCAUUCCAUGGUUAAACAACACUUUCCAUUAGGAAGUUUCUCUUAAUGGUUAGACCAAAAUCUGCUUGCUUUCCAUUUCCACCCAUUGGUUCUAAUCCUGUCUUCUGGAGCGACUGAGAACUAGUUAUAUAAUGAUAAUAAAAGUUUAGCAUCUGUGUGGUGCUUUCCGGAGUUUCAAAACACUUUCCACAUAUUUAUCUUCUGUAUCCCUUACAACUGCUCUGUAAGGUAGCCAGAAUGAUUGUGGCCAUAUCACAGGGGAUGGGUGGGGGGAGGGGGAAAGGGCUUGCUUUGGGCAGACAUGAUAUUAGAAUGAGGGAUGUCGAGAUUCAUUGCUCAGGUGAUAGAGCCACUGGGCUACACCAGUUCUCAGCAGGAAGGACCUUUGCAGAACAAUUCACCAGGGUCUUCUCUUGUAUGAGCUCCACUGAAACAAACGAGCUGGGAAACAGCAUUACUGUGCUCUGAAGCGCUUCUUAAUUUCACUGAGACUUAAUCCAUGGAUAGUGCCUCAUAUUAAUUAGUGAUAAGGAAGUUUUGCUUUUGGCAGUUGCCCAAAUCUGUCAUUGCACAAUGGUUUGCUGAAACACUGUUGUCCGUUUUGUCAAUGCCACAGCAGGGCACUACCUAGGAAGAACAGCACUUGCUAAUGCUUUCCAGUUCAACCUAGCCCUAGGGUGGCCUCUUGCAUUCGCUAUAGAAGGCUUCCCCACUGGCUGGGUACAAGGAAGGGGAGAUGUGUAGAAGGAGCAGAAAGGAGACAUACCCAGACUUGUGGCUAGAAUUGCCAGCCACUUACAAAUGUGAAAAGAGAGGGGUCAUUGGCAGACAUGGGGCCAUUGCCCUUUGGAAAGUUGACGUAUGCGGUGGGUACCAUGACAAUCUGUAUUAGGGAGACUUUAAUUUAUGCAGUCUUGCAUAAAUUAGGUCCUGCCAACCUAGCAGUUCGAAAGCACCCCUAAGUGCAAGUAGAUAAAUAGGGACCGCUUUAUAGCGGGAAGGUAAACGGCGUUUCCGUGUGCGGCGCUGGUGCUGGCUCACCAGAGCAGCUUCGUCACGCUGGCCACGUGACCCGGAAGUGUCUUCGGACAGUGCCGGCUCCCAGCCUCUUGAGCGAGAUGAGCGCGCAACCCUACAGUCUGUCACGACUGGCCCGUAUGGGCAGGGGUACCUUUACCUUUAAUUUAUGCAGGGUGGAUGGGGCUCAUGCUAAGCCCUAGUGGAAGGUGGCAGGAAUGAUCUCUCUCUAUUCUGGAAUUGCCUUUUCAGGGACAGCAGUUCCUACCAAAGCAUCUUCUACCGGAAAUCACCUGGCUUGUCCACUCUGGGGGUGGAGCCACGCCGUGCCAUCCAUCCCGAGCGCCAAACCCAAGCAGCAGAAGGGGCCACAGGGACAAAACGUUACCUGCCCUUGUGGCCCCAGCUCUUCCUCUUUGUGUUGCUGGCUGGCUUCUUGGCCUUCAUCUACUUUUUCCUUCAGGGCGGUGCUGACGACAACCCUUUUGUGAAGUUUCUUCAGCAGUGAGGCCUCAGCUAUGGGGGCACAUUGUACACCUAGGCCGUCUCCUCAAAAAGAGCCUGGGGUAGCUCUCUCAGGCUGUCACUAAGUGCCUUCUUGUUUGUAACCCCCAAGUGGAGGGUAGAAUAGAGGGGCUGAAAGAUGGAGGUAUCCUAACAACCUCCCCAAAUCAUGGCAGCUCCCCACCUCCCUUGUCAAACUUCAGCUACCUUAAUCUGGAGUAUUUUUAAUCUGCUAUUUUUGUAACUUGUGCUUUAUUAAUUGGGCAUGGGUGGCUAUUUCACAUGAGCGGGAAAGAGAAAUGAGGGGAUAUAUGUAGCUUAUCAAUAGCUUUUUCUUUAAACAUGUGUGCAAACAUGAAAUAUCCAAUAAACCCCACGAAGGGUUUUGUUUUUGUAUUUUUAAAGAUUGUGUCUUUCAUUUUUAUCUCUAUGUGGACAAUUACUAAUUCACCUUUUCCAUUGUCACUGCUGCUGCUUAUUCCCCCCUUCCCUCAGAUGAAGUAGCAGGUCACUCUCUAAAACUGCGGGUAACAAGCAGCGAGACUUUCUGUUUAAGAGGGCUUUUAUUAUCUGACUGACAAGUGGUGUGGAGAAGUGGGAUCCAGAUCAGAGCAACCCCUUGCCCCCUUCCCUUUCAGGUUAUUCCAGCUCUUGGGUGCAGUAUAGGCCCAGCCAUUUAGGACAAAGGCUGCUGUGGUGUUGCCUCUCCAGCUCUAGAGCAGAAGGGAGCCAUAAUGUGUCUGGUCAUAUUAGUGACAAGUGUGGUGGGAGGCAGGAAGCUCAUGUAUUGGCAAGGGGAGCUGAGGAGAGACUCGAGCCCUUUAGGGAACCCUGAAGCUGUGGGGCUGGGGGCUUGGGGACCACAGAUGAGCGUGUGGCUGAGAUCCUGAAGGGCUGCCGAUUAGUGAGAUGAGGGCGCAGGAAGGGGCUGGAUAUUGGGGGAGGGGCUGCACGCAGAGGAGGGGGAUCUCGUGGAUAGUGUGUCCUUCGUAGGUUUUCCCGGACCUGGAUGAACUCUGGUUGAUUCCCAACCGUAUCACCUGUUUCUUCCUGUUGCUGGUUCUGUAGACAAAAAAAACCCCUGUUUCUCUGAGGUGCUUCUGAGUGAACCAUAGAGAAGACACACCCCAUGGCAGUGCUGGCAAGUGGCCUUUCAGGAGAUGCAGGGAGCCACAUCAAGACAGCCACAGUCACGUUCUCUGGGUGUUACCUGUUCCCGCCUUUGCUGCCAGCGCAGCAGCUCUUGCUCCAGGGACGGCGGCUCCACGCCACUUUCCACCCCGUCCCGGCGCCGGUUCCGGUGCUCCAGCACCUGCAGCAGCUCUGGCUUCGAACGAAGGCUCAGACCUCUGAGAGGAGGGAAGUCAAAACAAGACAGCCGUAAAUUGCCCCUUCCCACCCUCAGCAGCUCAUUCCCUAAUGUCUGUGGCAACCACCUGCCAACCUACUUUGCCUUCACUGAGCCAAGUAACAAAUUCACGGCUUAAGCCAGUGCUACUGAAUUAAGAGGGUGUAAGAUGACUUCAACCGUCUAAGGAUCCCUGUAAAGCUAACAGGGUUGUGUGUUAAUGUUCCUAAUCUACUCUCCACAACAUUGGCCUGGAGUUGUUGCAUUACUCUGGGCAACUCAGUAAGUUACAAAGUACAAGUGUAACCCACACAGUUCUGGUGGGAAAGCCAAAGCAGGAACAGUUUGGCAUAGUAAAACUACAGUAUUUUAUUUACAAACUGACUGUUCUCCCAUUUUUAAUGGCAUCAACACCUUCAGAAGCAGCCCAGCUCCCUUUGCCAAAAGGCAGAGAGUAAAAAGGAUUUUAGAUUUUCAGCUGCUUAGGCAUCGAUACAUAUAAAAUACAUUGGGCUUUUGUCUCAAUGAAACUGCAAUUUCCAGGUUUCUUUGAAGAAAGUACAAAGGAUAGUGUGAUUUUUGUGCUUAAACCCUUGCCUGGUAGCCACAGGCAACAAGGCAUCUCAUUACAGGUGAGUGAGUAGAUUUGAGUUUGCCCUUCAGUACACACACACAGAUUUUGGGGGAAUGUGGUGCUUUGGAAUUCUUAGAAACAAACACUAUCAUGUGAGCACUACUGCAACCUAAAUAUACUAAAUAUCCAAUUUGGACUCUCUUCUCUUUAAGUCUUUCUGACCAUGGGAUCUCACCCAGUAGUUCCUUAAACUUACUAAAAGCACCCUUUUUAAAGUCCAGAGUGCAUGUCCAACUAUGCUAUGGACUUUAAGAAGGCUGGUUUCAAAAAUGGGAGUUUCUUAAAGGUGAAAUAAUGAAGACACAAUGGCAGAUAAGUCUAACAAUAAAGAAAAGUGAGAGGCACCUAAAGAAACCCGUGUGACUGCUUAAGGAGCUUAGAGGUGAGCUGAGGUUUAAGAAGGGCAUGUACAGAAAUGGACGAAAGGGGAAAUCACAGAUGCGGUUGCAGGGAGGACAGGCAGGCCAAACCUCAGAAUGAGAUCAGGCUUGCAAGAGGAUAAAGAUAUCUUCAGGUACUGUAUGCUCAAAGCAAGUAGAAGAGCAAGCAAGUAACAGAUCCUCUGCAUGGAGAAGUGCUAUUGGGAGCAGAGGCAUAGCAUGGGGUGACCAGGGGGCUGUGGCUCUGGGCACACAAUUUUGAGGGGGCACAAUCAGGUGCCCCCACCAUGGAGCCCUGGCAGCUGAGGCGUGGCAGCGGCAGAUUGGUCUAGUGGACAGAAGAAACUAUGGUUGAUAAAGAUAGAUUACCAAGAUGGCGUUGUUAGUCGUUAGAUGACUUGAGCUCCACAUCAGUUGUGUGGUUUUUAUUAGUUUUUAUUAGUUUUAUCAGCUUUUAUCAGCCUCAGUAUUUUAUCUACAACAUUUGGCAGCUUUUCCUUAACUAAUAUAUUCACAAAGCUUGAGUUAAAAGCUCAAGUUAAAAGUCUUAGAGAAAGUCCUGGAAAGUCUCAGAGAAAGCCUUAAUUAGCUCCAGCUCCACUCAAUCUACCAAUUACUUAUCAGCAGGAGUGGAGAUUAAUUGCUCUAUUUUGGGAGGACGCCGAGCUUUCCGAUUUACAGCAGAAAUUAGUAGCGGCUGCAUCUCCAGGAAAAUGACUAGGAGAAAGAAGUGACCGGUCUCUUCUCCACAAGUGAGCCCACAGCAGAAGUGCAAGCAGUGUAAACUGGAUGAUUUCGUAAGAGCACAGAAUUCAGAACCUACCACAUCCAGUAGAGCACAUUCCCAGGUAGGUGGGAACACUUUAAUGGGUGGAGAUCACCCAGGGGAGAAUGCUGAGACGAGCGCCCAUGAACUAUCCCAUGAACUACUAUCAGAGGGGGCACCGCUCUGUGCAGAAAUACUCGCGGACCACUGUCUGCUGACUGCCAGAACAGUGGAGGAAAUCAACAGCAAAUUAUAAAAGGCAACGUCUCUUUUGACUGGGUUGGUGCUUCUGGCAACCAGAAAUAGCUCCCUCAAUUCUAAGGACUCCCCACAGACACAGGAUGAUUCACUGACAUUGAUUCCAUCUUUGUAAUGGGUAGAGCGUUUUAAGGCGGUUUUCUUUGAUGACUGUAUUCCACCUGAUAAUCAAGACCAUACCACUUUUACUUUUGCAGAUGAGUGGUCCCCUGUCUCCAUCACUGAAGUUAUAACUUUAAUUGACCAGAUGAAAGCAGGAAAGGCUGCCAGCCCUGAUGCUAUUCCAUCUGAAUUGAUCAAAGCCAAGCCAGAGUGGUGGGCUCCGAUACUAGAGGAACUAUUCACUAUGAUAGAUAGAUCUGGUAUCAUACCUAACUCAUGGCAGCAAUCUAUAAUUAUCCCAAUCUUUAAAAAGGGUGACAAAAAGCUGCCAUCCAAUUAUCGGCCAAUAAGUCUACUGUCAAACAUCAGGAAAUGGUAUGCUAAACAUCUGUUAAAUAAACUACUUGGCUUGAUGAGAAUAACAUCAUAGGUCCAGAGCAGGCAGGGUUCAGGCCAGGGAAAUCUACUUUACACAACUGUUAGGUGUUAUCUCAUUUAGCCGCUAAAUGCAUGCGGCUUCAAAAAGAAUGUCUUUAUGUGGCCUUCCUUGAUAUCAAGGCUACUUUUGACACUGUUGACAGGGGGCUGUUAUGGUCCAAAUUGGAGACAAUGGGCCUAGAACCUAGAUUACUUUACUUGAUCAAAAAGCUUUACGCAAAGAACACCUGUCGCAUAAGAACAACACCAGGGAAUGUAAUGACAGAUCCUGUCAUUAUAAAUGGAGGAAUAAAGCAGGGCUGUUUACUCGCUCCCUCUCUUUUUAAUAUUUUUCUUAACGACCUCACUUCUUUACUAAAACAGGUGGAUGCCCACAGCCCAAAACUCAAUGCAUCAAGCAUUCCCAUCCUUCUAUACACUGAUGAUAUGAUUUUGCUUUCACGGAAAAGAAUUGGCCUAAAACGUUUGUUAAAUUCCUGUAUUGACUAUCUGUCCAGAAUGAAAUUGUGCAUGAACUCUGAUAAAAGCAAAAUAAUGGUUUUUGGGAAUUCACACAAAAGCUAUAGCUGGGUAUUUGGUGGAAAACCCAUCCAGCAGGUAUUCAGAUUCAACUACCUGGGAAUCACAUUCCAUCAUAGGCUUCUAUGGUCCUCGCACUGUGCAAUGGCGGUGAAUACCAGUAAGAUGUCUAUGCAAGCCAUAAUGCGUUUCUUUAUAAGAAGAGGUAAUUCGCAUAUCCCCUCUGCCCUCAAGGUCUCCAGUGCCAAAGUUAUAGCUCAGUUGCUCUACGGAAUUCCAGUCUGGCUGCCAGGGUUUACCCAGCUGGUAGAACAAGUGCCGGCAGCUUUCCUCUUCAAGAUUUUUACUGUGCCACGCUGUGUACCCUAUGCAGCCUUGUGUUUAGAGGGAGGUCAACCCAAGGUAGAGACGGUAGCCUGGGAGAUUUCUUACAUGCUGGUUAAACAUCUGCCUCACAACAGAUAAAGAUCCUCUCCUUAGUGAAGUUUUGCUAGAUCCCUUUCUUUCCCCGGGGCUACAACGGUUUAACAUAAAGGUACAGCAACUUGGGUUGUCAGUGGAAUUUUUGCAAUUGAUGUCCCCACCAUCUGCCAAGGCUAAAAUAAAAACUAGGUUGUGGAACAAUGAAUGCCAGGAACUAAAAGCAGUAGCAGCAGCAGCAGAGAAAACAUGUUUCCCUCUUAACUGUCAGCUUUCUUGGGCAUAUGAAAUUAACCACAAUUUAUCUUGAAUUUUUGCUUAAUCCUCAAAAAGAAGGGCAUUUUCGCUGGCCAGGUUUAAUUUAAAUCCUUCAAACCUCAUAUGGUGAAGGUUCUUGGGAAUGGUGGAAGGAGAAAGAAUUUGCCCAUGUGAAGACCAUCAGGUGGGAACUCUUACACAUAUGGUUCUUAAAUGUAAACUAUAUGUUGAUCUCUGCCAGCAGUUCCUAGAUCAACUCUGCAUCCCCAGGUGGAAACCAGAGUUAGAGGUCAUACAUUUUCUAUUACUGGGGAAUAAUCAGGAGCUCACCAAGUUAGUGGCUAAAUAUCUUUAUCUGGUUUUUUGGCAAUCAAACACAUUGCAGACGUCUGAUCUCCCUGGAGACCUAGAGAUGUAAUGUUAGCCCGCUUUGCCUCUUUCAUUUGACUAAUGUUUUGUGUCACUGGGAAGGUGGGAAUUCUGUAUUGAUUUGCUAUGGAUGUUUGUAUGUGAUGCCAAUAAAAGGUUUGAUGAUGAUG